CCGUUGGGUGGGGCCAGGAAAGCGUUGGGUGGGGCCAGGAAACCGUCUGGUGGGAUCUCCGCAGCUACUUUUCACCUGCUGUCCCUCCUGCGCUUCCUUAGAGGAAGAAUCAAUGCCUUGGGUGGAGCCCGAGCCCGGGCCGAGCCCAGAGCAGAAGCCCAAGCUCACCAAGCAGGACUCGGCGACCGGGUCGGAGUGGUACCAGAAAUCUGAGGAAUCUGAGUCGGAGGGCAACCAGCCACCCCUGGAACCCCUGGCAUCCCCGAGACCCCCCGAAACCCCAGGACCCCCGGCGUUGGAGCGGGACGAUGCACCCCUGCCAGAGGGGGACGAUGCAUCCCCCCGGCCGUCGGUGCUGGACGAUGCACCCCUUCCGGAGGAGGAAACCCCCGAACCCAGGGCCAUCUGCAGGCAUCGGCACCGCUGUCACACCGACUGCCUAGAGGCGCCGCUGUCCCGCGCCUUCCAGUGGCUGGGGUGGCAGGUGGGCGCGCACCCCUGGAUCUUCCUGCUGGCGCCCUUGAUGCUGACAGCGGCGCUGGGCACCGGCUUUCUGUACCUACCCGAAGAGGAAGAGGAAGACCUAGAGAAGCAGUACACCCCGGUGGGGGGCCCGGCCAAGGCGGAGCGGCGCUUCGUGCAGGGCCAUUUCACCACCAACGACUCCUACCGCUUCUCCGCCUCCAGGAGGAGCACCGAAGCCAAUUUCGCCUCGCUUCUGGUGGUCUCCUACAGCGACUCACUGCUGGACCCGGCCACCUUUGCAGAAGUCAGCAAACUGGACGGCGCGGUGCAGGAUCUGCGUGUGGCGCGGGAAAACGGAAGCCAGAUCCAGUACCAGCAGGUGUGCGCGAGGUACAGGGCGCUCUGCGUGCGCCCCAACCCGCUCCUGUACGCCUGGCAGGUGGACAAAACGCUCAACCUGAGCAGCAUCUCCUUCCCCAUCUACAACCACGGCGGGCAUCCCCUCUACCUGACCGGCUUCUUCGGAGGACGCAUCUUGGGGGGCAGCCUAGGAAUGGGCCACUUACUCCUGCGGGCCAAAGCCAUGCGGCUGCUGUACUACCUGAAGACCGAGGACCCUGAGGACAGCGUGCAGAGCAAGCAGUGGCUCACCCAUUUCCUCGAACAAUUUACCAACAUUACGAACACCUUGGCCUUGAAGAAAAUUGAGGUGGUCCACUUUACAUCGCUUUCCAGACAACUGGAAUUUCAGGCAACUUCUAUGACUGUGAUCCCUGUGUUUCACCUGGCAUAUGUUCUCAUCAUUCUGUUUGCAGUCACGUCAUGCUUUAGGUUUGACUGCAUACGAAACAAAAUGUGUGUUGCAGCCUUUGGAGUGAUUUCUGCUUUCUUGGCAGUGGUGAGCGGCUUUGGCCUGCUGUUGCACAUUGGGGUGCCAUUUGUCAUCAUAGUUGCCAAUUCGCCAUUUCUUAUUCUAGGUGUUGGGGUCGAUGACAUGUUUAUCAUGAUUUCUGCCUGGCAUAAGACCAGCCUUGCAGAUGACAUACCAGAGCGGAUGUCCAAUGUCUAUUCAAAAGUGGCAGUGUCUAUUACAAUCACCACCAUCACUAACAUCCUGGCCUUCUAUACAGGGGUUAUGAGCUCUUUUAGGUCCGUACAAUGUUUUUGCAUCUAUACAGGAACGACCCUGUUAUUUUGCUAUUUUUAUAGCAUCACCUGUUUUGGAGCAUUUAUGGCCUUGGAUGGUAAAAGAGAAGUAGUCUGCCUACGCUGGUUGAAAAAGGCUGACGCAAAAUGGUCCUCAUUUAAAAAGUUCUGCUGUUUCCCGUUUGGUUCUGUCCCAGAUGAACAUGGAACUGAUGUCCAUCCAAUGAAUUUGUUUUUUAGAGACCGUUUUGGCCCCUUUCUCACAAGCAGUGAGUCCAAGUAUUUUGUAGUCUUUAUAUACGUUUUGUACAUCAUAAGCAGUAUAUAUGGGUGUUUCCAUGUGCAGGAAGGUUUAGACCUUCGAAAUCUGGCAAGUGACGAUUCCUACAUCACACCAUAUUUUAAUGUAGAGGAAGAUUAUUUUUCAGAUUAUGGUCCCAGGGUUAUGGUUAUUGUUACUAAAAAAGUUGACUACUGGAAUGAAGAUGUUAGGCAAAAACUGGAAAACUGUAUUAAAAUUUUUGAAAAAAAUGUCUAUGUAGAUAAAAAUCUUACAGAAUUUUGGUUAGAUGCAUAUGUGCAAUAUUUAAAAGGUAACAGCCAAGAUCCUAAUGAUAAGAAUACUUUUAUGAACCAUAUUCCUGAUUUUUUAAGCAAUUUUCCAAAUUUUCAGCAUGAUAUUAAUAUUUCAUCAUCAAAUGAAAUCAUUUCUUCUCGGGGCUUCAUUCAGACAACAAAUGUUUCUUCCUCAACCAAAAAGAAAAUAAUGUUAUUCCAAUUACGACGCAUAGCUGAAGACUGUCAAAUUCCCCUAAUAGUAUAUAACCAGGCAUUUAUAUAUUUUGAUCAGUAUGCUGCGAUAAUAGAAAACACUGUUCGAAAUGUAUUGGUUGCAUCAGCAGCUAUGUUCAUUGUUUCCUUAUUGUUAAUCCCUUAUCCAUUUUGUUCCUUGUGGGUGACUUUUGCUAUUGGUUCUGUGAUUGUAGGAGUAACGGGUUUCAUGGCAUUCUGGAAAGUCAAUCUUGAUUCCAUAUCCAUGAUUAAUCUUGUCAUUUGUAUAGGGUUUUCUUUCGAUUUUUCUGCACACAUUUCCUAUGCAUUUAUUUCUAGUUCCCAGCCCUCAGUAAACCAAAAAUCAAUUGAGGCAUUAUAUCUUCUAGGCUACCCAGUGUUACAAAGUGCAAUUUCAACAAUAUUAGGGGUGUGUGUUUUAGCUUCAGCGAAAGCAUACAUCUUCAGAACAUUUUUUAAGAUUAUGUUUCUUGUUAUGGUAUUCGGGGCAGCUCAUGGCCUAAUUUUUAUUCCAGUAUUCUUAACCUUUUUUGGAAGGUUUAUUUGAAUAUCCACUAACAAAUCAAAGACCAAUUCUAUAAUUCCUAAUUGUCCCAAUCCAAUCUAAUUUUUUUAAAUGCACUAUUAGGUAUAGUCAACAAACUACUAGGAGACCAAGGUGGGUGGAUCACCUGAGGUCAAGAGUUCGAG